UUCUUUCAACAGCAGCAACAGUUUGUCAAACACCUCGGUAGCUUGCUAGACACAAUAGCCGAACCAAUAAAGCUCUUUAGACGCUUUCGUGUAUAUUAGCCACUGUGUUUUAAACACGCGUAUGUCGUCUAGCGUUAACGUUAGUUAGUUAUCCGAUUUAAUUUCAUAUUUACGGUGUUGUUCUUGGUCAGCUAGCGGGCUUGUUAAGUUAGCAUUAGCCUAGCAAGCUAACGUUAACAUCCCCGACCAUGAGUUCACUAAGCUACUCUCCUCCUGCUAAGGAAGAGGUCUGCUGGACGGAGAAAGAAGCUCUGGUCAAAGAGGAGGAGGAAGAGGAGGCUGUUACAAUACAACAGGCUGUUGCGGUGAAAGAAGAAGAGAAAGACGUUACAGUGAAAGAAGAGGAAGACGCGUUCAGAGUGAAAGAGGAGGAGGAUGUUACAAUAAAAGAAGAGGAGAAAGAGACAGAGGAGGAUGUAGUUUAUGGAGUGAAAGAGGAGGAGGAGAUGACUGUCACAUCCAAAAAGGAGGAGGAGGAAGAUGAGGAAACUGGAUAUCUGGGCCCGGUUUCCCAAAGGCAUCUUAAGGCAUCCAAUGGUUCUAAUGAUGAUGAACUUAACGAUGAACUUAGCCGUAAGAUGCGUUUGAGAAACCGUUCCCUGAUUAAUACUAGAGAGAGACUUGACUAUCGUGGAUCCUCUGGGGAGCCUCAACAACAUCAUGAAGCUGACGAGGCAGAGAAGAGUCUCUCCACAUCAGAACACCUCAAGAAACAACAGCGGAAACCCACAGGAAAGAAACCUCACUGCUGCUCUGACUGUGGGAAGAGAUUCACCUCUUCAACAGACCUUAAAAGACACCAGAGAAUCCAUACAGGAGAUAAACCUUAUACCUGUGAUCGGUGUGGGAAGAGUUUUACUACAUCUAGCCAGCUGACUAUACACCAGAGAAUACACACAGGAGAGAAACCUUACCACUGCUCUGACUGUGGAACGAGUUUUGUUUCUUCCCAAUAUUUAAAAUCACACAAGAGAACACACACAAUUGCGAAACCUUACCACUGCUCUGACUGUGGAAAGUGUUUUGUUUCGUCACAAUAUUUAAAAUCCCACCAGAAAACACACACAGGAGAGAAGCCUUAUAGCUGUGAUCAAUGUGGAAAGAGAUUUAGUCACUCAAGCAACCUGAUGGUACAUUUGAGAACGCACACUGGAGAGAAAUCUUAUAGCUGUGAUCAAUGCGUGAAGAGUUUUACUUCAUCUAGCCAGCUGAAUAUACACAAGAGAACACACACAGGAGAUAAACCUUACCACUGCUCUGACUGUGGAAAGAGUUUUGUUUCGUCCCAAUAUUUAAAAUCACACCAGAAAACACACAAAGGAGAGAAGCCUUAUAGCUGUGAUCAAUGUGGGAGGAGUUUUACUCACUCAAGCAACAUGAUAUCACACCAGAGAACACACACAGGAGAGAAAUCUUGUGGCUGUAAUCAAUGUGGGAAGAGGUUUACUCAGCCAAACAGCCUGAUAGCCCACCAGAGAACACACACAGGAGAGAAACCGUAUAGCUGUGAUCAAUGUGGCAAGAAUUACGCUGGUAAAAGAGCUCUGAUUAAACAUCAGAAAAUACAUGAAGGAGUUGUUUCAUGAUAUCAAUGAAAUGAUGUCACAAUGUAGAAUGUUUUAACAUUGUAGUAGGAGUAUUUAAAUGAUGUCACAAUGUAGAACCCUAAAUGUUUGUCCCCUGUUCUAUUGAUUUCAGCAUGAUAUGGAUAUUAGCCUCAGGGGGAAAAUCCAGGCUCUGAAUUGAAAUAGUAUUUAUGUGAUUAACAUAAACACAGAUAAAGUGUUGCGUUUCACUUCCCUCGUUGGCGACCUACUUGAAUCAAACUGCAACAAAUUUUUCUACAAAUUGACCUCUAAACACUGAUGUACACGUUAUUCCCACAUUCCGUGGUGUGUUUGAGCUGUUUUAACAGGACAUGCAACCUCAUCUCCCCCCUCUUGCGCAAUUGAUUUCAAAAUAAUUCUGAGGACCCCUAAAUUUAAAUGCAUCACUCCAAAAUGUAGCUGACUGUCUUCUGCAGGUUGUCCUCUAACCAGUGAGGUGAAAGAUAUCUCCCAUUUCCAUGUUUUUUUGUUUUGUUGUUAGUUUCAACAGCACGUACAACCUGAUUUCCACCCUAAUUGAUAUCAGUGAUUUAUUGCUGCUUGUCAAAACAACAGCGUUUUUGGCGCUUGUGCAGUUUUAUAAGAUGCUCGUUUAAAAAAAAUACAAGUAAUGUGAUUACUAUUGUGGAACAUGUUUGUAGAUAGACAUUUUAUGUUGAGGUUUUCAAUAUAUCACAAACUGUUUCUGCAUAUUGGUUAUUGAUUUUUACAAGUUAAAACUGUUUUGACAUUGGGGCUAUCCCACCUAGCAAAAUGUUGUUGAAAAGACGUUGAAAAUAAUACGACGUCCAAUCUACGUUGUUCGGUUGUUGAAAAUACUUCUUUUUCAGGUUCAGGUUAUUUCAAUGACUUCAAAGCAACUCAAUUUCAACUGACUUUCAUUCUAUGCAAAUGGAUGCAGUAUAGAAAAAUGGACUUGGACUAACUUAUGAACAAUUUUAUUAAGAAUGAACAGUUUUAUUAACAAUGAACAAUUUUAUUAACAAUGAACAGUUUUAUUAACAAUGAACAAUUUUAUUAACAAUGAACAGUUUUAUUAACAAUGAACAAUUUUAUUAACAAUGAACAGUUUUAUUAACAAUGAACAGUUUUAUUAACAAUGAACAAUUUUAUUAACAAUGAACAGUUUUAUUAACAAUGAACAAUUUUAUUAACAAUGAACAGUUUUAUUAACAAUGAACAGUUUGAUUAACAAUGAACAAUUUUAUUAACAAUGAACAGUUUUAUUAACAAUGAACAGUUUUAUUAACAAUGAACAAUUUUAUUAACAAUGAACAGUUUUAUUAACAAUGAACAAUUUUAUUAACAAUGAACAGUUUUUAUUAACAAUGAACAAUUUUAUUAACAAUGAACAGUUUUAUUAACAAUGAACAGUUUUAUUAACAAUUAACUAUUUUUUAAACAAUCCUACAUCACUCCAGUUUUUACACACAGUAUUUCUUUACAACAUUCAAAUGCUAAUUGUCUUUAUUCCACUACUGAAGAAGCAUGACUCAAAUCACCUCAUAUUUCAAACAUUCAGCCUGACAAAAGAUACAUGCUUUAUUAGUCCAUGCCUCACCAUUAAGUGAAUUUUUGCCAAUAUAUAUUAACAAAGGGGUGUAUAUUCGGUUUUGAUUUUUUCAUAAUAUUUCAAUGUAAUGUAACAUUUAGUUAUCACAAUAUUUUAUGAGACUAACUGAAUUUUGUUGGCACAAUUAUAUUGUUUAUUAACAAUGUAGUAAAACAAGCUUGUAUUUCUGGUUGGAUAUUACAUUCUAUUCUUACUAUUUUAAUCAAUGUCAUUUCCUUAGAAUGCUCAUUAGUCUUUCAGUUUGUUAUUCUAUAUUUUUAAUCCUCUCAUAUGUAACUCUGUGUUGUUGUAUCAAACUGCUUUAUCUUAGCCAGUUGUAUUGGAGAACUUGUUCUCAACUGGUUAAAUAAAAAAUUAAAAUAUAAA